GGGCAGCUAGUGAGUGAGCUGGGGUGAGAUGUGCUGUGCUCACCCUAACCACACCCUGACGAGGAAAGCUGGCCAAGUCUCCUAUCUUACAGUUGAAGGAUCAAGCCCUGAAGGCCUAUACAACCCUAGAUCUUUUUCUAGGGUUCCCAGGAGCUGAGAUGCCCAUUUGAGCCUGAUCUUCCUGAAGAUCUUUGGGAAGCUCACCUUUCAGGACUCCCCAUGAGGGGCAGUAUUGAUUUUUCUGGGUCCCCACAUUGCUUAGGGAAACAGGUUCCUCCAGCUCCCAUUGGCCCUUUUGUGCCUCCCCUGAGAAGCCAAGUCAGGCCACUGUGUCAGGCUUAGCCCAGAGAGAGUGGGGUGGAGGAGGCGGAGGGUGUAACCCAGCCAGGUCCUCUUCACAGAAGCUCUCAGGCAAGCUCCUCAGGGCAGCAGCUCCUCGAGGCCCCAGGAACAUGGCUCUCCCAUGGCUAGUGCUACUCCUGGCAUUGCCCAUUUUUUUCCUGGGAGUCUUUGUCUGGGCUGUCUUUGAGCACUUCCUCACCACGGAUGUCCCUGCUACCUUGCAGCAUCCUGCCAAGUUGAGAUUCCUGCACUGCAUAUUCCUCUACCUGGUCACUUUGGGGAAUAUAUUUGAGAAGCUGGGAAUUUGCUCCAUGCCCAAAUUUAUCCGUUUUUUACAUGAUAGCAUGAGAAUUAAGAAGGACCCUGAACUUGUGGUGACUGACCUGCGUUUUGGGACGAUACCUGUGAGGCUGUUCCAGCCCAAGGCAGCAUCCUCCAGACCCCGGCGAGGCAUCAUCUUCUACCAUGGAGGGGGCACAGUAUUUGGGAGCCUGGAUUGUUACCAUGGCCUAUGCAAUUAUCUGGCCCGGGAGACUGACUCUGUACUUCUGAUGAUUGGGUACCGCAAGGUUCCUGACCACCAUUCCCCCGCCCUUUUCCAAGACUGCAUGAAUGCCUCCAUUCACUUCCUGAAGGCCCUGGAAACCUAUGGGGUGGACCCUUCCAGGGUUGUGGUCUGUGGAGACAGCGUCGGAGGCGCAGUGGUGGCUGCCAUCACCCAGGCCUUGAUGGGCAGAUCAGAUCUUCCCCGGAUUCGGGCUCAGGUUCUGAUUUACCCAUUUGUCCAGGCAUUCUGUCUGCAGUUGCCAUCCUAUCAGCAGAACCAGAACGUCCCAUUUCUUUCCCGGAAGUUCUUGGUGACUUCUAUGUGUAACUAUCUGGCCAUUGACCUCUCCUGGCGUGAUGCCAUCUUGAAUGGCACUUGUGUACCCCCAGAUGUCUGGAGGAAGUACGAGAAGUGGCUCAGCCCUGACAACAUCCCCAAGAAAUUUAAGAACAGAGGCUACCAACCCUGGUCUCCCGGCCCUUUUAAUGAAGCUGCCUAUUUAGAAGCCAAACAUAUGCUGGAUGUAGAAAAUUCACCCCUGAUAGCAGAUGAUGAGGUCAUUGCUCAGCUGCCUGAGUCUUUCCUGGUGAGCUGUGAGAAUGACAUACUCCGUGAUGACAGCUUGCUCUAUAAGAAGCGCUUGGAGGACCAAGGGGUCCGCGUGACAUGGUACCACCUGGAGGAUGGUUUUCACGGAUCUGUUAUCUUUUUUGACAAGAAGGUUUUCUUUUUCCCAUGCUCCCUGAAGAUUGUGAAUGCUGUAGUCAGUUAUGUAAAGGGCAUAUGAUGGUAACCCUGGGCCCCGAGGAGGCGGGGGCAAGUAUGGACUCUAUCAGAAACUGGGUGCUUUAGUGAGUUCUAUUUUAUUGACUAAAGAGGUGCUACAUCAAUGCUUGGGGCAGCUGGGAAGGGUGAGAAGUAAGCUAAGAGUCUUGCUUAGUAUUCAAGAAAAUCCAAACUGUGUCUGUUUCCUUCUAGCACUAACAAUGUCCAGUGCUGGAUCUAGCAACAUUCUCUAACAUUCCCACUCAGGUGAAAUAAAUAUCAAAAGGAGAACAAAUGUCUUUAAAAAUUUCUCAAAGCCCCAACAUAUAAGAUCUGUGCAGAAUAAAUGCCAACAACUGGU